AUGCAAUCCUUUGUUUCUAUCCCUUUAGAAGCAAACUAUGGAUCUAAGCAAAAACUUGACGAUAAUGUAUACGAUAAGUUGUAUCCAACAGGAUCAAAACCAGGACUCUUCUACGGUACAGCAAAAGUUCAUAAGCUAAACGACGGGCAUGGUAUAGAAGAGCUAACCCUUAGACUAAUCAUUUCCAAUAUCGGUACAGCAACCUACAACUUGGCUAAAUAUCUAGCGCAACUGUUAGCGCCCCUAGCGAAAUCGCAGUAUACGGUAUCGAGUACCAAAGAUCUUCUCCAACGCAUCCGCGCGGAGAAACUCCCAACAGGAUAUGAAAUGAUUAGCUUUGACGUACAGGCAUUAUUUACCAACGUUCCACUGGAUAAGACUAUUAACAUAAUCACCAAAAGGAUAUACACACAAAAAGAGAUCAUAACUGACCUAACACAGAAAGAACUGGUAGAUCUAAUCAAUCUUAGCACAAAGAACGUUCAUUUCUCGUUCAAUGGCCAAAUAUACACACAAAUUGACGGAGUAGCUAUGGGUUCCCCYCUAGGACCACUUCUUGCAAACAUUUAUAUGGUCGAAUUAGAAACAUCUGUUAUUCCAACGUUAAAUGACUACCUCAAGACCUGGAUUAGAUAMGUASAUGAUACUCUCGCGUUUGUCAAGAUUGGACAUCAUGAACAUGUACUUAAACAACUUAACAGUUUUGAUCGUAAGAAAAUCCGUUUCACCUACGAGUCAAGCCGGGAGAACUCUAUUAAUUUCCUAGACACAACCAUUACGUGGAAUAAUGGCCGCUUUGAGACCACAGUGUAUCGCAAGAAAAUAAACACCUAUCUAUACAUCCACUGGCAAGCCGAUGCACCGAAGACCUGGAAGAGAAGCACACUUAGAGGUUUAGUAAAGAGAGCCUAUAAUAUCUGCUCUAAUGAAGAUCUAUUGAAACAAGAACUACAUCACUUGCGAAAAACAUUCCAUGAAAUAAAUGGUUAUCCUAAUUGGGUUAUUGACAACAUCAUCAAUGAAGUUAAAAACAAACAAGGUCAAGCUAUCGCACAAAAGACAGGAUAA